AUGGAUUUUUCAUCAACAAAGCUGCAGUACUGGAGACUUUACCUGCUGUCGCUGGUGUUGGGGAUCGGGGGAUCCUUUCAGUACGGGAUCCAAGUUUCUGUCAUCGCCUCUCCAGCAGAGCACAUUAAGAGUUUUGUGAACCAGACAAGGUUGUUGAGGUCCGGCGUUCCAGUGGACAAGUCCACCAACCAGCUCAUCUGGUCCUUCAUCGUGGCUGUGUUGAGUCUGGGAGCCUGGGCCGGGGCCAUUCACAGCGGCAGCCUUCCUGUCACCUACGGCCGGAAAAAAGCUCUCUUGAUCAACAACGUUGUGGCGAUGGUCGCUGCUCUUCUCAUGCUGUUCAGUCGCACGGCCAAGUCUUUUGAGAUGAUCUUUCUGGGAAGAUUUCUCUAUGGAUAUAACGUUGGUCUCGGGUUGAGUGUUCACCUCAUGUACCUCGGGGAGAGUUCUCCAAAGAAACUCAGAGGUUUUAUGACUCUCACAGGCGCAAUCUUCAUGGCAUUUGGAAAAGUCACGGGUCAAAUAAUUGGCAUCAAAGAGAUGAUGGGUACAGAAGCAAUGUGGCCGUACCUCUUAGCUGUUAGUGGUGUUCCUGCCAUCCUGCAGUUUGUGGGGCUGCUUUUCUUCCCGGAAGCACCUCGAUACCUUUACAUUGACAAAGGAGACACCGAAGGCUGCAAAAAAGCCUUGCAGUGGCUGUGGCAGGAGGAAAACUUAAAGAUGGAGCUGGAUGACAUGCAAAAAGAGAGAGAGAGCGCUCAGGGAGAGAAGGCCAAGACUGUGAAGGACGUACUCUGCUCUCGCUGUGUGAGAUGGCAACUCCUGACUCUGAUCAUCCCCUGUGCUGGUAUUCAGUUCUGCGGCAUCAACGCUCUGUAUUUCUACGCCUUCGACAUCUUCCGUGAGUCUGGAGUGCCGGAGGACCAGAUGCAUUACUUGGCUAUUGGUACUGGAGCAACAGAGCUCUUCACCGCAAUGAUUUGUUCUUUCUUGAUAGAUCAGGCCGGCAGAAAGAGGCUGAUAGGCUACGGCUAUUUAAUGAUGGGCAUCACCAUGUGUGCACUCACAGUCAUGCUGUCCAUUAAGGAUCUGAAUUCAUGGAUCCCUUAUGUGAACAUUGCUCUGAUCUUCUGUGUCAUCAGCAUCUAUGGAUUUGGACCUGCUGGCACAUCUAUGGCUCUUUGUGCUGACCUCUUCUUACAAGCCUGGCGUCCUGCUGCUUAUGUGAUCAGCGGGACUAUCAACUGGCUCGGCAUGUUCCUCGUCGGGAUGUUGUUCAAAUACAUUGUGGAUGGACUCGGACAGUUCUGCUUUCUGAUUUUCGUGGCUUACACAGUUCUCAGUGCAGCAUUUGUGAUAUAUUUUGUCCCAGAGACCAAAGGAAAGAUGAUGGUAGAGAUUAUGGAGGACUUCAACAAACUGAAUUACAAGAAGUGUGUGAGUGCUGACAUUGAAAGGACUGACAUUGAUCUUGCCACUAAAUUAUAA